AAUAAAAUUUUACAAUCAAUAUAAUAUAACAAUUAAACUUGUAUAUAUAUUUAUCUAUAUCAAUGAUUUCCAGUGAUUAGUUAAUUAUAAACAUACAAUAAUUUUAAUCACAACAGUUGCAUUUGUGUUAAUUUAGUUUUCACAUUUUUAUGAUCAGUGGUUGACAUUUUAUUAACUAAUAAUCAACAUCUUUAAUCAAAUGAUUAGUUUGGUUUUUGUUUUUUUCUCCUUCAUCAUCACCAUCAACAACUAAUUAACUAACUACAAUUUACUAUUAAUUAGUUAAUCAUUAUCAUUUUUACCAGAUAAUUAAAUCGUUGUUAAUUAAUUAACAAUCACAAUGAUAAUAUAAUAUAAAAACUAAACUUGUAACUAAUUGUUUAACUGAAACAACCAAAAUCCCAACAAUCAAUUGAACUUCAAUCAUCAGUUAAUCAUCAUAAUUAAAACAACAAUCAAUCAAUUAAUCCGUUAAUCCGUUAAAAAAAAGUGAUUGUUAAUCCAAUAAAAUAUAUUGUUGUUAAUUGUUUGUCUUAUUAUUAAUUAAUCCAACAGGUAGCAAAGUGAUUUUUUUUUGGUACAAAUUAAAGUGAUAAAAAAAAAGCAAUCAUCAUCAUUAUCAUCAUCAAUUUUAAUCAUCAUUGACAUCAUUACCUUUUUAAUUAUCAUCUAAUAUAAUGUUAAUUGUCCUAAUCAGUUUUACACAAUUGGAUCAUCAUCAUAAUCAAGUGAUAUCAGUAGUUAAUUACAAUCAACCAGCAACAAUGAUAUGUGAACAUGAUUUAUCAACUUAAUUAUAUUAAUUACUUUGAUCAUCAUUGGCUUAAACAAGCUACAAUUUAAAUCAAUCAAAUUAGUUGUAACAUCUCAACACAAUUAACAACAACUCGAACAACAACAAUUUCCGAAUGGUAAUUUAGCUAAACAAUUAAAACGAUUUUUUUUGUUGUUGUUGUUUCAAUUAAUCAAAUGAUUUGUGAUUCCAAUUUAAUAAUAUAUAUCCUAAUAUAUCCCGUAAAGUUUUUCUAAUUAUUUGUUGUGGAUAAUCAACAAUUUAAAAUCUAAUAAACAAUUACGACGAGGAAAACAGUUUGUUUUUGAUCACAAUUAACAGAAAAAUCGUCAAAAUCAAUUUUCGUGUUGAUUGAAAUUGAUUGUAAUUUGUUAAGUAAAAAAAAAAGUCAAUUGGACACGUUACAAUGGAGACUACAUCAAGUCAUCAAGAAAUGACCGGGACACCUUCACCAUCACCGUCACCCGAACCAUCAACAGAAACAACCACAACGGUAACACUGAUUGAACCAAAUUCACCUUCAACCUCACCUCAACCUUUAUCAACAACAACAACAACAACACCACCAUCACCACCACCAACAACAACAACAUCAAUAACGGUAACCCUAAUUGAACCACCAAUAGUUUCACAAUUAUCCUCACCACAAACAACACCAACAACAACACAACCAACAACAGGAACAACAUUGUCCAAAUCAAAUGCAUCACCUAAACUAUGCUCACCUUCAUUUUCAUCUUCAAGAUCAUCUUCAUCGACAACAACACCAUCACCAUCACCACCAUCGUCACCAUCAUCACCACCAUGUUCACCACCUUCGAAUCCAUUGUCAUCAAUGGUAAAAUCACCUUCCACCGACUCAACAAUUCUCGCACAAAAAGAGCACGAGAUCUCGAAACUAGUCGAAGAAAUUAAAAAACUCCGGGAGCAAAUAAAAACUAUGCAACAUGAUAAACCCACUGAUGGAGAGGGAGUAGGAGGAGGAGGUGAAGGUAGUAUACCUGAUGAAGAUUUAGAGGAAACGGAAACACCCGUUUCACCUUCAAAUUAUAACAAUUUAUCACCAAUGCAAUUGAAUACAAAAAGCUUUUCAUCUUCAUCCUCUUCAUCUGCAACCACAACAACAACAACUUUAACCUCAACCAAUCUAAUAACAGGUCAUCUUUAUCAUCAUCCAUUACACCAUUCGCAUCAUCAUCAUCAUCAUCACACUGAUUUAUUAUCAACAACAGCAACAACCAAUUCGGGUCCAUUAAAUUUUCACCAUCAUCAACCUUUGGAAAAUAUUAUCCUUAAUGCCGGUGGUGGGGACAGAUCAUCUUCAGGUACUUCUGGUAACCCGUUAUCUUCUUUGAGCACCAAUUCAACUAUAAGAGGUGGUACAAAUUUAGCUCCCUUGGAAAGUCAACAUCGAUCUCAUGAAGUUUUCCUUCAAAAAUUACAAGAAGCCCUAAGGCAAAAUGUAGAUAAAUAUAUGAAUGAAUCAUUGAACACUGGUAACAUUUCCCGAUGUGUUCGUGAACUUUUAUCCAUUCAUAAUAUUGGUCAACGGUUAUUUGCUCGUUUUGUUUUAGGCCUCUCUCAGGGAACCGUUUCCGAGUUACUCUCAAAGCCCAAACCGUGGGACAAAUUAACGGAAAAAGGCCGUGACUCGUAUCGUAAGAUGCAUGCAUGGGCUGCCGAUGAGAAUUGUAUCAAUCUCCUCAAAUCACUGGUUCCCCGUAAAGGUAAAGAGACAACAUCAUUUAAACAAGAUGAUCCCGCCGCCGAGGAAAAGAUCAGGCAAAUAUUAAUUGAAGCUCAAGGAGCAAUGGUUACACCCUCAAUACGAACCUCAUCAUCCGGUGGAUUCAUGAGAAAUCAGAUUACAAGUGGAUUAUCAUCUUCAUCUAAUGGUGAAAUUAUUGGUCCAUUGGGUCUAAUUAAAUCGGAUAAAAUGACCACAUCAAUAAUUGGUAUUGGAGGUGGAGAUUCUGAUAGGAGUACACCCGGAGGCGGUGGUGGUGGUGGUGGUCGAUCACCUCCACUCUUGACCUCAUCAUUGGCUCAUCUUCAUUCAUCUUCCAAUAGUAAUAACAAUAAUAAUAACAAUGCCAUCAACCUGGCAACGGGUUUGAGUGCAAUCUCUAAUCAUUAUCAUCAUCAUAAUAAUUCAUCAUCAUCUCUGGUCAACAACUCAAAUUCCCCCUCUGGACUUUUACGAUCUUCAUCAGGUAAUCAUUCAAAUUCAAAUAACAAUUUAAACAAUAAUCUAAAUGCCAAUAGUAAUUCAAAUUCGAGGCAAAAUGAUUUAGAUAAUAAACAAGCUUCUCAUGAAACGAUUGCUCGAAUUUAUCAAGAAGAAUUGGCCAAAUUAAUUGGUCAACAGGUUGAAGAGGGUUUUCGACAUCCUCAUGGAAUGAAUUUCGAUCGUAAUCCUGAUCAGAUUCGUCAGGCAUUUACUAUUUAUCAUCAAGAAUUAUCUCGUCUCCAUCAAUUGGUCUCAUCUGGUGUUGGUCAUCUUAAUUCACCUGCGGCGGCGGCUGCUGCUGCCGCUGCGGCAACUGAUCCGGAAGUUUUUGCUCGUCUUGCCGCUGCUUCCCUAGUCAAUGGAGCGGGUUACCUUGGAUUCCCACAAAUGUUACCUGGUAUUAAUUUAUCUUCAUCUAGAUCACCAAGUAGAGGUACAAGUAUUACCGGUGUUAAGGUUAAUUCAACUGAACCAGGUCGUGAAUCAGUAUCACCACAAGAUUUUCAUCAUCGUUUGUCUUCUAGCCCAUCAUCUUCAUCACCACCACCGCCAAUAUCAAGCUCACAUUUAGCCAAUAGUUUAUCAACUUCCAAUGGUGGUGGUUGUGGUACCAAUCUAUCAAUAUCUGCCAAUAAUCAAGGUCGAUCAACACCCGAAUCACCUGAUAUUGAUUCACCACCACAUCGAUCAUCAUCAUCACAACAAACUAGUGCCUUCUCCCUUGUCCGAUCCAAGCUGGAACCAGGAAGUAAACAACACCAUCAUCAACAGCAACAACGAUCCUCUUCACCGGCUUCUGCUGCAGCCGUUGCAGCCGCUGCAGUUGCCGCAGCAGCAGCAGCCGCAGCCGCAGCAGCAGCGGUUGCAGGUUUACCUGUUGGCCUUGAUAUGGUUUCAAAUGGUUCAUCUUCAACCUCUUCAAAUACACCAAACAAUUUAACAAGUAUUCAUGGUGUUGAAAAUUCAAACAGCGGUGCCAAUAAUAGUAACAAUAAUAAUGGGCUCACCUCCGUGGCCGCUGAGGAUUUAUCUGCUGCAGCUUCACCUCUACAGCGAAUGCAAUCAAUUACCAAUUCAUUAUUAUCUCAAUCAUCAGUUCCGCCAAUAUCAUCGACACCUAAUCGACCAUCAAAAGCCGUUUUACCACCGAUAACCCAGAAUCAAUUUGAUCAUUAUAAUAAUUUAAAUACCGAAGAUAUUGUUAAGAAAGUUAAAGAACAGCUAAGUCAAUAUUCAAUUAGUCAAAGGCUUUUCGGUGAAUCAGUUUUGGGACUUUCUCAAGGUUCCGUUUCCGAUUUACUUGCUCGACCCAAACCUUGGCACAUGUUAACCCAAAAAGGCCGUGAACCUUUUAUACGAAUGCAAAUGUUUCUCGAAGAUGAUAAUGCUGUACAUAAAUUAGUCGCUUCCCAAUAUAAAAUUGCCCCUGAAAAAUUAAUGAGAACCGGUGGUUACUCAGGUAAUCCAAUUGGAUCAACAGGUUCCAAUACGAUGGUUUCAUCAUUGGUUUUAAGUACCAAUCCAGGUUCAUUGGGCUCGAUUAAUUUGACCUCCGGUGGAUUAAACAAUCUAACAAGUUGUACACCUUCAACUGGUCCAAUUACAACUCUAACAACACCUUCAUCAAAUCAUAAUCAUCAUGGUGGUUCAUUGUCACCUAAUCAUGGUAACACUGCUUCAAUAAUUAACACCAGUGGUUCAAUUAAAGAUUCACCUUCAUCUGUAACAUCAAUUUCAACGAAACGUGAAAUUUUAAAUGAUUCAAUUGUUGUAGGACGAAAUGAUCUCACUAAUUCACUUGGAUCUCGAUCAAGUCCAGUUUACGGUAAUGGUUCAGGUCAAAUAUCAUCUGGAUCAACACCCGAGCACACACCCAAUUCAACCCUAAUCUCAGCAAAUCAAUCACCUCCAAGAGGCUCAUCAAAUUAUCUAAAACGACGCUACGAUGGUACAACGCUAUCAAUAGGUGGUAAUAGUAAUUCGAGCAGUAAUAAUGGUAAUGGCGGCGGUGGGGAUAGAUCUUCACUCACCUCUGGAGGUAUUUCGUAUAUGCAACCAUCGGUUUAUGAAAUGGCCGCAAUUACCCAAGACUUUGACACCGCUGCAAUUACAACCAAAAUAAAGGAAACGCUGAUGGCUCACAAUAUUGGACAAAAGAUUUUCGGUGAAAUUGUAUUGGGAUUAUCUCAAGGUUCGGUGAGUGAGUUACUCUCUAAACCUAAACCAUGGUCAAUGUUAAGCAUUAAAGGUCGUGAACCUUUUAUAAGGAUGAAAAUUUGGUUAACCGAUACUUGUAACAUUGAACGACUUCAGGCCAUUAAAAAUGAACGUCGAGAGUUGAACAAGAAACGUCGUAUCAAUGGAGAUGAAGUUUCAUCCAUAUCAUCAACAAAAUCAACCUCAUCUUCUGAUCCAAUUAUUCAUCAUCAUAAUCAACAUAAUAACAACAGUAACAAUAAUCAUCAUAAUAAUAAUCAUAAUAAUAAUCAUAAUAAUCACAUGACCACAAUUUCCUCGUACCAACAAGAUGAAAUUGGUACAUUGGACCUUUCAAUGCCAUCGAAAGCAUCAUCGCAACAUCAAUCACCUCGUCCAAAGACAUCAAAUAAUCAUCAUUAUUCAAUUAGUGGUAAGGUAACUGAAGAUUCAGAUGAUUCUGAAACUGGUUCAUUGGAAGAUUCAUCUUCAUCUAGGCGACAUCAUCGUCAUUUAUCAUCUCGUCAUCAUCAUGGUAAAAAUACAACAACAACGAUCACCAUGAAUCCAAUUUCAUCAUCAACCUCAUCAAGUUCAAGGAGGAAACCAGCAAUACCUCAAUGGGUGGCUCCUGAUAUUGAAUGUUUUGGUGAUGAUGAGGAAGAUGAUGUUGAUUCUGAUCAUCUUUUAGUGUUAUCAUCAUAAAUGAAUUGAUUUCAUAAUGAAUGCUAAUGAUGAUGAUGAUGAUGACAAUGGGAAAAUCAAAGCCAAAUUUAAGUUAUUAACUUGUUUUUUUUUAAGAUGAGGGAAAACCUUACAAAUAAUCAUAAUCCUAAUUUUGUGUGUUUCUUAUGAUGAUGAUGAAAAGAAGACAAAAAUAAUAAUGAAGCAAAAUGAAAUGAGAAGCAAAAAACUGAUGGAUAACAAUAGAUGAUUAUUAUUAUUCAGAUGAUGAUGAGGAUGAUAUCAAAAUGAUAACCUGGGAGUGUAAAUUAUCAUUAGAAAGUUUUAAGAAAACAAGAUGAGGAUGAGGAAAGAAAUGAUUAGUGAUGAUACAAAAGGGAUGUGAAUGAGAUUAUUGUUAUUACUCAAGUUUUUUUUGUUACUAUUCAUUCAGUUUAUCAUGUUCAUCAUCAUGGAGUAAAUCUACUUGUAUAUUAACAAUUAUUUUAGAAAAAAAAAAAAAAUUAUUUUUUCUUCUCUUUUUUUCUCUUACUCUUCUCAUCCUCAUCACACUCUCCUUUGAUUAUUUGAGCUUGAAGGAAAAUAAUAAUUAUUAUAAUAAUGAUAAUGAUAAAUUCCCAGAGUAUGAUGAUAUUCAUGGGGCUGAAUAAGAUGAAGGGUGAAAGAGUAAAGAGAGAGAGAGAGAGUAAGGUGAGCAUAUCGAAUCAAUUGUUUAAAGAAAUUGAGAUGGAAAUGAAUUCUCUUCUUCUAGAUUCUAUUAUUUUCUAUUGGAAACAAUAGAGAAGAAGAAGAAAAAAAUAAUAAUCAUCUCCAUCAUUUCUCCUUCAACAAUCGGCUGAUAAUUUAACUCACAGAGAGACAAUAGAUUAUCAUCUUAUUCUUCCCCCUUUUUUAAUGUCUUCUCACUUGAAUAACUGUUUUUUAAUAAGAGAGAGAGAGAGAGAUGAUGAAAAAAAAGAGAUGAAGAUAAUAAGUUUCAAUGUGACAAAAUCUUUACGAUUUUAAGUCAAAACUUU